AUGUCACUUUCAAGGUUAUUGGGAGUCAACCAUCCUCCUCUCCUCCUUCGAUUCACUCAUUCCCCAAUUCUCUUUUCUUCUUCAUCCUCUUCUUCAUCAUUCACCGGACACACAGCACCACUCCCAACCAAGGCCUCGUUAUCAUCAUCAUCAUCAACAACAACAGACAUGGUGAAAGCAAUCAGAGUUCACGAAAUCGGUGGCCCUCAGGUUCUGAAGUGGGAGGAUGUGGAAAUCGGAGAGCCCAAAGAAGGCGAGGUUCGCGUCAGGAACAAAGCCGUUGGCGUCAACUUCAUUGAUGUCUACUUUCGCACUGGAGUUUACAAAGCCCCCUCUUUUCCCUUCACUCCAGGUAUGGAAGCUGUUGGGAUUGUGACCGCUGUGGGGGCUGGGCUCACUGGUAGGCAGGUUGGAGAUCUUGUGGCUUAUGCAGGUCAACCGAUGGGCUCAUAUGCCGAAGAGCAGAUACUUCCUGCAAAUAAAGUAGUGUCUGUCCCUUCGUCGAUUGACCCUUCUAUUGCAGCAUCCAUCAUGCUGAAGGGCAUGACAACUCAUUUUUUGCUUCGGCGCUGUUUCAAGGUUGAACCUGGUCACACAAUUCUUGUCCAUGCAGCAGCGGGCGGAGUUGGAUCCUUAUUGUGCCAAUGGGCAAAUGCUCUUGGUGCAACUGUUAUAGGAACUGUGUCCAAUAAUGAGAAGGCAGCUCAAGCCAAGAAGGAUGGAUGCCAUCAUGUUAUAAUCUAUAAAGAAGAGGAUUUUGUUGCUCGCGUCAAUGAAAUUACGUCAGGCAAUGGAGUUGAAGUUGUCUAUGAUUCUGUAGGAAAGGAUACCUUUGAGGGAUCUUUGGCAUGCUUGAAGCUUAGGGGCUACAUGGUAAGUUUUGGACAGUCAUCAGGUUCACCUGAUCCAGUUCCAUUAUCAUCUCUGGCUGCAAAAUCUCUGUUCUUGACAAGGCCCAGCCUACUGCAAUAUGUCGUCACUCGGGAUGAAUUAUUGGAGGCUGCAGGUGAGUUGUUUGCUAAUGUUGCUUCUGGUGUCUUGAAGGUUCGUGUUAAUCAUACUUACCCAUUGUCUGAGGCUGCAAAAGCACACGAAGACUUGGAAAAUAGGAAGACUUCAGGAUCUGUUGUGUUGAUACCAUGA